CCUCCCCAACAUCUUGCCGGAGUAGACUAUGGGACUGAAGAGCACCGCACUAUGUCUGAAUGCAGUACAACGCGCCGUGAAGUUUCCCUUCUUUGAAUAGGUUUUGUGUAUGAAUAAUCCUUUUUUUUACUUGUCUGCUUUUAAGUUUAUUUUCAGUUUAUUACAUUUGGAAACAUAGCCGGCACACAGACACAAACUGAACAAAAUCGACGAAUUUCUUGUCACCAAUUGCUGUUACAUGGAUGAUAUUUUCUGGCAAGGUCGACCUGAGAUCCAGAGGUGCCAAGGCUGUGUGUCCAGUGGGUGGAGUUCCUAGUGUGUGAUGCAUCAUGGCUCCGGUACUGAGUGCCUUGUGGGGGCCGGAGGGGGCGGGCUCUGGGGUCGCCAGGGCGACGUCGCUCGGCAGCGAACAGCUGGUCCUGGUGGGAACCCUGACGGUCAUCUCUGCCUUCGUGCUGCUCUCUGUGCUGCUGCUGCUGUGUGCUGGCUGCCAAGGGCAAAAGAAAGCGAGUCCUCACCCAACAAAUGGUGACCACGAGACCUUGAUGAACGGCGUGUCUGAGAAAGAAGCAGUCAGCCAGUCUGUCGAUAGCCCGGGGACUGACCUGGUGGUCAGUAGCUCUCAUAAUGGCCCUCUCACCAGCGGUACAGUGCUGACAGACACCCAGGACACGAGCCCCCACCCAUCUGAGGAGAUGCUCUCCAGCCAAUCAGAGCUCAGGUCAUCCAAGUGCCCGCAGGACCGUGAGCUACCCAGAAUCCCUCCCAACAGCGCCCUGGAGGGCAUGAUUGGGGGGUCUGGCGACGAACCCCCUGCCACAGGGGACGGUACCUAUGAGGUGGUGAAAGAGGUGGUGUCCGCCUCCAGGGACGUGAGCGUGGAGGACUCCCUCUACGAGACGGUCAAGGAGCUGAAGGAGCACCCUCCCCCGCCGUUCCUCAACGGUACGCCCCCCCACCACCACCACCCCCCGGCCUCCGCCCUCCUCAAUGGCCACAGCCCCGGCACCCCGGAGCGGGGCCCGCUGUGCGCCGGUGUGGAGUACGCCUCGGUGGACCUCAACAAGAAGAGCCGCUACAGCGCCGACCUGGAGGCCCGGAGGUCGGCCUCGCUGGCCUCCUCCGUGGCGGGGCUGGCGUCCUCGCCGGGGGAGGAGCCCGAGGAGGAGGAGCGACCGCCUCCCGUGCCGGACAAGGUGCUGGACGAGAACGACAACCAGACGGGCGUGUCGGCGCCCAGAGAGGGGCUGCCGCUGCACAACGGAGAGGUGCACUCACCCAUGUCCCCCUCACCUGAUCUUGACAGACUAGCUAUGGAGAACGAGCUGUACUCAUCAGUGAACAAACGGUGUGGUGUAGAGGAGCCGGAAAAUGACUACAGCAGCAUUGGUGAGCUCAAAGGCAUGGUGUCUGCCUCCUCCUCCAGUCACCUCUACGCCACCGUCCGAGACAUCUACCCCCCAGACGGGGCCCAGGCCCCUGUGGCUCCACCCACCCCCAACAGGUCUGACCCCGCGUACGAGACCAUCCGCAUCCCUAAGACUGGUGAUGGUGAGGAAUGCAGCGGAGGUGCCAUCCUGGAGCAGACGGCGGUGGAGCAUGACUAUGAGAGUGUGGCGGAGCUGGGUCUGAACAGGGAGACUUCUCGUCUCUGAGUUCCCUCUCUUUUCUACUCUCUUUUGCUUUCUUUCAUUGGUGGCGCACUAAAAACAAACCCAGUUUUGAAGACGUGUUACAGCCCGAAUUGAGGUCUGCUGACUCUGGUACUUCCAGCUCUCUACCCAGAAGCCCUUGCUGCACCCAGUACCCAGAAUCCACUGGGAGACUGAUUAAAGAAACAGAAGGCUCAAAGACACAACAUGACUUUCUAUUGUCAACUGUUGAGCUUGCCCAGAGGAGUAGAGGUUUGAUCACAGAUGUCCAAAUGUUACUCUUAAUUCUCCUAUCUACCAAUAUUCUCUGUUGACUGUUUUGUGUGUUAGUGUGUGGUUCUCUAAGUAAUAUCUUAAUUACAGAACGUUUUCAAGGAUGUUUGCAAUAGAGGCCUAUAUCCUCUUUAAUAAUAUCAAAACAAGACAUGCUAUGCCAUGGUGCACUUCAGCUCACCAAAUAGUUUAGUUACAGUUUCACAAAAGGUGUACAACUGGCUAGGAAGGCAUGGUUGUUAAAUUUAUUGCAGCCCCUUAGACUACUAAAGGAGCAUUGCUACAGAAGGCAAUUGUAGUUUUGGCUGCCUAUUUUCUUUGUCAGUGCCUUUGACUGACAGGCAACCACAAAGUGCCAUAAUUUAGGUUUUCUGGCCACCUGAGUUUUUCCCUUCUAAUCUUUUAUAUCAGUUGAUCUGUUGCGAACUGUGUUUUAUUCAGAUGGAAUGAUUUUGGUGGAAGAGUUUGUUGACUCUACCAUUUCAAUGGUUUUUCAUUAGGAAACUCCCCUAAAUUGAUUUUGGGCAUGACUGAGGGCAUGCCUUUUGUUUCACCCAAUCACAUCUCUUCCUACCGCAACAGAGCCAAACAAGUCAAUCAAAGAAGGAUAGACAGGUAACAGGAGUCAAUGGAUGUGUUUCACAAGAUACUGUAUUACCUUGGGAAACACCUAAACAUUGUGCGAAAAGAUACAGGAUAAACAUAUCUGUAAACGUUUUACUAUCUGUCAUACGUGUACCAUUGCACUUAAGUAGCUAAAGCAGCUGAACAUGUCUUUUGAAAUGGUCCUUUUUUAUGUUUUGCUUAAAAAAACAAAAGAAGUACAUUUUGUAUUUAUUUGAUAGUUGUAUGCAUUGACUAUAAGAGUUGUAAAGAAAUUCGUUUUUGAGUUAAACUUUCUGGGAGAUUUUUGGACAUCAACAGUGCAUUUUAAACGCGAGAAGGGAUAGAGAGAAGAAGGAUAAAGGUACGCAUUAUCUUCAUUUUAAUGGACUUCUGUGGUCUGACCAUAUGAUCAAUGUGAUUCUACAAUGUGAUUCUUCUUCUGGGGUUUCAACGGAUUUGCAAUCCUUUACAAUAUUUCCCAUCCAAGAUGUGUUCAAAAAUGAUUGUAUUCUGUGAUAAAAAUGCAACAAAAACCUGUGUCAGUUGUGCAGCUUCAAAAAGAUUGAUGACAUUAUAAAUUCAUCUUUAUGAAGUGUUUAUUUGUAUUAUUUUGUUUUGUUUUUCCUGACCCCCCUUUUAGGUACAUAUACAGCCUAUGUGACAGUAGGCAUCCUCAAGGAAUUUAAAGCACAAUUGUUUUAAGUAAUGUUAAGGUACUGCAACUGCACUGUGCUUGGCAACAAUAUUACCAUACCAAUCCCCAUUGUACACCGGCAAGUGCGUUUAGUUCAUAAUUAGCACUUGAAAACGAAAGCACAUUAGUAGCUUGUGCAGACGACAUGCCAAACAAGGCUUAUAUGUAGUUAAGAGUAAUAUUCUAACGAGUUGUAACAUGAUUAUGUAUGGAUUUGUAUGAGCUUUUGCUUGUUUGUACAGUACAGUGUCCUGAAUGGUAUGGUAAAGUAUUUUUGUAGUAUGCUUGUGUUUGAUAAUGCUCAAUAAUGUUAAAAAUGUACUUGUUUUAGGAAGGAAAAGUGUUGUAUGAUACAUAUCUAUCUAUCUAUCUAUCAUAACAUGCUUUUUGUUUCAAUUUGUACACAGUUAUAUUGCAUUGGGUCAAUGUGUUAUGUAAAAACCUGUUAUGACUCAAAUGGUACAUUGUCUUGGUACAGGCCUUUUGCAAUUGAAAGGUUGGUACUUUAUUUAAAGAAAAUUAAUGUCUGAAUAUUGUCCUUUGAUGUUUAUUUUCGUAAGUGGGUAGACUGUAAUUGUAAAGGACUAUUUAGCAUUGUCUGCCCUUGAGAGAGAAAAAAUCUAAAACAAUAUUAGCAUUUUACAAGCCCUCUGUUAUCUGAAUAUUGCACAUAUAACUGUAUGCAGAGUGAGUUCAUAUAUCAUUAGACAUGCAUGACUUUGUUGGAGGUACACACAGAGUAAAUCUGGUUGACAGAUAUUACAUUCAUAAAUGAUAUUUAACGAUAUGAGAUCUCAUUAAAUAUGCCAGGUAUUGACAAAAUAGCAUUUAGGAUGCCAUGUAUUACAGGUGUCUUCGAAGAAAGUGUGUGGUUGUGUAGACCCGGCAUAGAAGAUUAUACAUGCAAUCUAUAGAGAGUAAUAAUCUUGGUGAUUAACAUCUCCCUGUGCCCUGAAUAUUAUUAUGUACAACCAUCACUUAUACAUAAUGGUGUUCAUGGAAAUGCCAUAAAAGGCCUUUAACAAACGAUCUGUCAAACAGAAACACUUUAGUGCCAAAUCUUAGAAUUAAUGGUGCCACAUUCACUUUAAUGUGCACACACACACUAGUACUCUUUGGUGCACACACACACACACCCCCACACACACACACACACACACACACACACACACCAGUGCAAGGACCAAGCAGGGAAAUGGUCCAUCAUCGCAGCCUCAUUCGACCCACUCCAAUAAUGAGAACAUUCCUCUACAAACAGUGUGGAAGUCCUUUUUAUUGUCUUUGAUCAUAGGGUAUUGCUUUCUUUGGCAGAUAUGUGCACAUCUGUCAAACGAUUCUGUCUGCCUGUAUGCAUGUAAAUAUUUUAAGAGCAUAAAUGGAGAAUAUUAAAAGAUAUAUAACAAGA